UGUUUUGAGUGCAAUGUACCCCAGACUUUUAGAGACACUUGGAUAAGCUUUUCUGUCGUCAUUAUUUCAGGAAAACAUGUAUUGUUUGCGAAACAGAACGGCAAGAAGAAAAGCUAAACUCAAAUAAAAUUUAAAAACGUUAACAUCUACACAUUCGAGUUAAAAAAUAGACAUAAAGCAUGUGAAAUAUCGUAGUGGAAGUUAUUAAUGAACAUUUGUUUCCCUGCCGGAGCAAUUACACUGGCGGUCUGCGCCAUUUCGGCUCUGCGGUUUCUCGGCUCUCCGUGUUUCGCGGAGCGGCUCUGCGGAAACUCGAGCCUCGUUCAGUUUCUGUUCCGGUUGCGCGCGUUGCUCCGCCGUUUGGACGGUAGCAUGGCCGCGUCGUGUGUGCUGAGGAGGUUCUGCUCCGCGGCGGCCGCGGCUCAGAGUAAAGCCACCCGGUGGGAGAGACUGAAGAACAGCCGGGUCGGCACGUGGUGCCACAGCCUGUUGGGCGAUUAUAAGGAGGCGUGCCGCGAGGUGUUUGUUGGGGCGCGGGAGCGUCCGGUUAAAGCUACAGUUUACGCGGCCCUGGUGGGAGGAAUGUACGCCUGUUACCGAACAAACCCCGACGACACAUCGUUCCAGACUGACCUACUAGAGACGUCCAAUAAGCUGGCGCUUCUGUCUCCUUGGAUACGGAGUGGGACGUCAGAUGGGCAUGUGCAGAACCUGGUGAAGCUGCGUAAUCAAGGCCGGCUACGUCACCUCAGUCUGGGCUUAGCUUCACUUACUUAUGUGGUGGACUUUGACCACGAGUGCAGCCUGUACGAGGCGCAGUGCUCUGCCCUCUCUGUGCCCUGGGCGGAGCUGGCCAAACGUGUGCUGGACGUGGGCUUCGCUGGACGCUGGUGGGUGCUGGACCACAAAAUGAAGGACUAUGAUAUCAAUGAGGAAGAGUUUAAGCACCUCCCUUCAGCUUUAGCAGCCACAGGGCCCCCUACAGCGCAGGAGACGGAGAGGAAUGAGAGGCUGCACAAAGAGUCCUGGAAGCCGCUGGUGAUGGAGGUGGAGGAGGAGACAACAGUUGCUAUGGACAGCGUACGGAAAGAGGGGGAGAUUACAGCAGAAGGAAAAGAGAGAAAUGCCUAAGAGAAGACAUGAGCACGAGGUUCGAUGUGGCAUGAUAAAGGACAUGAGCUGACACUGGACUGGAGGCAUGUCACAUAUGAUCAGAUUCAUUUAUGUGCUUCUUCAGCCUGAAAGGAAAAGCGCAUCCCUGGACACUGACUGCCAUGUGUUUUUAGAUAUUAACACAAUGUACAUCCAUGAUGUGUGGUGAAAUAUGAAAUAGCAUAAAAUGAUAUUUGUUUUGAAUCAUUGUGGUUUGGGAUAAAUUGUGAAGCUGAACUGAA